AAAGUGGUGUGUUGAAGACGGUCAUGGUAACAGAAGUGUUUGGCGGGACUGGGACCUGAGACUUGGCGCGAGCUAGUUCUACCUAGGUAACUUUGUGGGGGAGACUCAAAACACUCUCAUUCGAUUCCUUGUCCGACGUGUCUCUCACACGUCUGAAAAGGUGAGUGCAGCAUUGAGUAGUCUCCUCUAGGAGGUUGAACAAGCGAGCGGUCUCAAUGAAGCCCGUCAUACGCAAAGGGCUUAAUCGAAAAUGGACACUGCCUCUCAAGACCAGUAUUCGCACUCCCAAUGGCAGAGCUAUACAGAUAUUUGGCGCCAAUACUGACGUCGGCAAAACAAUCGUAUCAUCACUCUUCUGCAAAGUUGACCCACCGGAAGGCACAAGUAUUCGGUACAUCAAACCUGUUGCCACCGGUCCUGAACAAACGUUAGACCACGUCCACAUCAAAAGACACGCAAAUAAUGUUAUGGUCAAGUGCUACCAGAAGUACAGUCAGCCAUGGAGCCCUACCCGUGCUGCAGAGUGGGAGCGAAAUGCGGCACGAAAUGCGGAUUACAGUACUGGCUUUAGGGAGCUGGACGAUUCCAAAAUGUUGAAAAUCCUUGCUGAUGAUCUGAAUCGCCCUGGCAGUUACUCUAUAGUUGAAACAUUUGGAGGGGUUAUGUCUCCUCUUCCAAGCGGUAGAGCCCAGGCUGACUUCUAUCGUUCUUUCCGAUUGCCGAUUGUCCUUGUGGGUGAUUCAAAACUAGGUGGUGUGUCAAGCACCGUGUCUGCGUUUGAAUCACUGACCUUGCGCGGAUACGAUGUCGAACAGCUGGUGUUCUUCGGAAAUGAACCUCACCAGAACGACCGAGACGUGAGGACAUACCUGAAUUUAUACGGAUAUUCUCAAUUGGCUCGAAACAUCAUUGUACUUCCGCCGAUUCCGCCGCAGGAACAAGACACAAGCCGCGACGCUGCCAUAAUGGAUGACUAUUACAAUCAGAUAAUGAGAAAGGGUACCCAUGUUCAUGAGAUCUUUACGGAGCUCCUUCUGUGUGAUAAGGACGCGUUCAGAACAUCUGCAUCAUCUUUAAGGUCACGAGCUGCUAGUUCCAUAUGGCAUCCCUUCAUGCAACACAAGGAGUCUGAGGCCGCUGACCUGCUUCCAAUUGACUCAGCUUACGGCGACUACUUUACUCUAACAAAGCCAGCAGAAAAGGUAUCACGUACUUUCGAUGGUUCAGCAUCUUGGUGGACCCAAGGCCUUGGACAUGGCAAUCCAGCUUUAUCUCUAGCAGCGGCGUAUGCAGCUGGUCGAUAUGGACAUGUUAUGUUUGCUGGUGCGAUUCAUGAGCCUGCACUCGAACUAGCGGAGACCUUUUUGGAGAGACUAGAGAAUGCCCGUCUGCAGAAGGUAUUCUUUACAGACAACGGGAGCACCGGUAUCGAAGUAGGCAUCAAGAUGGCACUGAAAGCAGCAGUGAAGAGGUACGGGUUUACGGGACAACAAGACUCCAUUGAAAUUAUAGGACUCAAAGGAUCCUACCAUGGAGAUACAAUUGGUGCAAUGGACUGUUCAGAGCCCUCAGUUUUCAACACAAAGACUGAAUGGUAUCGAGGUCGUGGCUACUGGUUCGACUAUCCUUCGGUUGGUAUGAAAGACGGCAAAUGGGUAGUCAGCCCACCAAAGGGUAUGGAGGCUGAAUUCGGGCCUGGAGAGACUUUCGACGACUUAAACCAAGUUUUUGCAUCAAGAGAUCCAGCAGUGUAUGAGAAAUACAUUGACAAAGUGCUUGAUGAGGAGGUGAAUGAAAAAGGAAGAAAGUUCGGAGCCCUGGUCAUGGAACCAGUCUUGCUUGGUGCUGGAGGAAUGAUAUUCGCAGAUCCUCUAUUUCAGAGUGCCCUGGUUAAUGCAGUGCGGCGACGCAACUUUGGGAAACAAGAGUUGCAAUCGGCUUUCCGGGAUCCAUAUGCCUGGCAGGGCUUGCCUGUUGUGUUCGAUGAGGUUUUCACAGGACUGUACCGUCUGGGACGAUUCAGCGCCGCAAGUUUCCUGGGGGUGAAACCCGACAUUUCUGUACAUGCCAAGUUGCUUACCGGUGGCCUUCUUCCGCUUUGCUUGACGCUUGCAUCCAAUAGCAUCUUUGAGGCUUUCUUGGGCGACGAAAAGUCCGAUGCGCUCCUCCACGGACAUAGUUACACAGCACAUGCGAUGGGAUGCACUGUAGCUAAGAAGGCUUUGUGGAUGAUGAACGAUAUUCAGCAGCAAAGGGCCACCAAGUUAUUCAAGCUCUCCUGGGCGCGAGCUGCACGUGCGAUACCGUCGGAGCCAGACAGAGUCAAUAACUUAAUCGUCAGUCGUCUUCCAUAUGAACGGGUCUGGAGUCAUUGGCACCUUGAAUUUGUGAAGCUUCUCUCUCGACAAGAAAGAGUUUCAAGUGUAGUGGCUUUGGGAACUGUGCUUGCAAUAAAAAUCACUGACCCCGAGGGAUCUGGGUAUUCAUCUAGAGCAGCUGUUACGCUUCAGAAUGAUCUUGAACGCUCCAUCAGACAACCAAUUCACUGCCGCGUGCUUGGCAACGUCCUCUACGUCAUGGCUAGUCUUACCACCCAGACAAGUACUAUGUAUCAUGUACAGUUAGCGAUUGCGCGGGCUUUUGGUAUUGAAUCAGAAGUGCGAUCGAUGAUGGUUCCUACGCAGGGGAAGUCAAAGGACGAUGUAAGCCCGGAUGUGGACACAGAAAAUGACGGACAUGACGCAGACAAUAAAGAGGGGGAAAUGGAUAUUGCAGCCGACGGGAAGCCAGGGGAGCUAAAGGAGCUAGAAGAGCUAAACAGAGAAGCCUGAUGAAGCUGAUGAAGCUGAUGAAGCUGAGGAAGCUGAGGAAGCUGAGGAAGCUGAAACGAAUGUCAAAGACAGCUCUACGCGUGCGUAGUGAAUAUGUCAAGGCCAGGGAAAUAGAUGUUGUGUAUAUAAAGCAAAAAAUAGGGAAUAGACGAAGGCUGUACUAGUACAAAGAAACCUGCUUUCCGGCUCGAGAGUAUAAGAGAAGUAGCAGCAUCGAUAGUAA